GUGUAUCCCAAGUCCAACUGUUCUUGAAUCAUGCAUUAAUCAAAGAGCAUUUUGGUCUUUUGGACUUAUGGUAUGAAUAUGUGCAGAAAUAUCGAAAAUUCCUGCGCCGCCAGAACAAUCAAGAACUCAAAAGCAGUUUGCAUCCAAAAGGGUCAGCAAAUUUUCCAAACUCGGAAAACUUUUCACUCGCAGUCAAAAAAAGCCCGCCGCCGCCUCAUCCUCUUUCUCCCAGUCUCCGUCACUCUACUCGGCCGUCGGUGAUGAUAUUCACGAUGUGUCUUUGUCGGAGCAGGAAGAGUCAUUGUUCUACCGUGGUUGGACAACAGACAGAGACUACCCUGUUACCGGAAGCCCUGAAUCAUACUACAUGACGCCGGAAAUAACCUGCGACAGCGGUCCUGGUCUUUCCUUCACCGGAGAUAGUGAUUAUUACUCGUUAUGUUUCGAAAACACUGACGUUUAUGUUCCAGGAAACGUGGAACCCACUCAGAACAUGGGAGACUACGCCGCAUAUUCGCAGCAGCAGUUCUCCGCGUCACAGUUCGGUGAGAACGAGAGGACGCCAUUCUCUAUGCCGCCGCAGGCAGCUUCUCCGAUGGGCUUUUCUGCUUUUGGGAUGCCAUUCUCUGUGCCGCCGCAGGCAGCUUCUCCGAUGGCCUUCAGAUCUGUACUGCCAUUGUCCAUCGGAGAAGACAUUUCAGGGGCUAAUCCAACCUAUCCCUACCUUUCUACUGAUAAGCAAAGUGGCUAUGAAGAUGGAAUGAUGAAUUAUAAUGACUCUGAUAGUGUUGGUUUUGGCCAGUCCUAUGACCCUCAUUUGUUUAGCCAACCUUUUGUCCAGCGUGACAUUGGAGAUGACUUUGGACAGUCGAUCUUUGGUUCAAGCCUUUAUGGAGGAUAUGGAAAUUAAGAAGGCAUCUGAUCUGAAAUAUUGUGUAUUACAUGAAAGUAUUUGGCAGCAUUUCGGACAUGUAAAACUUAAAUCUUAAUAACUAAUCUACAUCAUUUGCAUUUUCAGAUCAGUCUCAUUUAAAUUUGGAAAUUUGAUAAGUGUUAAUAUAAGUUCUAAAUAAAACUAAAUUCAGGACA